CAAGUUCUUCAACAACCUCUCGAAAAACUGACUCAAAUCGCAUAUUACUUAACCCACCACCAUUACAAUACUCACAAAUUGAGAUCGAUUCCCCAUACAGAACGGUGGCAGGGUUAGUCUUGUGUCGUAGUCCAAUUAUUACACGAGACCUGCAUCCGUUUGAGCGCGAGUACUAUGCAUAUCAACGACAUUUAGCACGCAUACAUGCUGCUGCUUUUCCCAUAGAAUUUUACUUUAAGAAAGGUAGUGCCUCAGAGAAACUAUGGCAAGAAAAAAGAGAUCGUGAAAAUUCUGAAGAAAUAGAAAAGGCACGAGCAAACGGAUUGGUGGCGUUAAUUAGGGCGCAGAUGAGAUUAGAUGUAAAACAACAGGAUCUGAUUGAUGCGGAAGGAGUUGAGCAGGUACAGGUUGCUAGUAGGAUUACGGACGCGGAUCGGAUAGACGAUGUCAAGUCGUUGGAUAGGGCAUUGCAGCGAACGUUGUAUUUAAUUGUGAAGAAACCGAGGGAGAUGCAUGCGUGGCAGUUUCCACAGGGUGGCGUCAGAACUAAUGAAUAUUUACAUGAGGCUGCUAGACGUGAAUUAACAGAAGAAUGUGGACCUGAUAUGGAUGUUUGGAUAGUAGGUCGAAGGCCUAUUGGUUUCUACCAAUAUGAUUUUCCAGGAAUGUUAAAGAAAGACCAUGAAAAUUAUAUUGGCGCAAAGGUAUUUUUCAUGAAAGGUCAUAUAUUCGCGGGACAAGUUAAGAUAGAUAAUGAAGAAGUAGUGGAUUUUGCAUGGGUCACAAAACAAGAAAUGAAAGAUUAUGUCCAUGAAGAGUAUUAUAAUGUUGUAAAAAAUAUGCUUUCGGAAUUGUAG